CGACAGACAGGCAGGCAGCAACUACCCGACCGAUCGCCUCCUCUUCCUCCUCCUUCCCACCUCCCGCCCACGCCUCCAGAUCUCCGCGAGCUUCGACCGCCACCGCGACCGCCGCCGCAGCAAGCAGCGUCAUCCCCCGCGCGACGCCAGGCAUGGCGGCCUUCACCAAGCUCGAGGACUCCCCCAUGUUCCGCAAGCAGGUCAAUUCUAUGGAACAGCUAAGCGAUGAACUGAAACAACGGUGUUCAAAUCUUCAUAAAGGAUGCAAAAGAUUCAUGGGAUCACUUGAUGAAGGAUACGCGGGAGAUCUAACAUUUGCCGAUGCUCUAGAAGCAUUUGGUGCUGGUCAAGAUGAUCCUGUUAGUGUUGCCAUUGGAGGGCCUGUAAUGUCCAAGUUCACUACUGCUUUUAGGGAGCUUGGAACAUACAAGGAACUCCUUCGUUCUCAGGUUGAUCAUAUGCUUAGUGAACGUUUGAUGCAAUUCAUUGAUGUGGAUUUGCAUGGCGUGAAGGAUUGUCGUCAGCGUUUGGAUAGGGCUACAGUGGGGUAUGAUCAGGCACGUGAAAAAUUUGUAUCAGUACGGAAAGGGACUAGAGCAGAAGUAGUGACAGGACUUGAGGAGGAUCUACACAAUGCCAAGUCAGCUUUCGAACGAUGCCGCUUUAACCUAGUGCACGCACUUUCAAAUAUUGAAGCAAAGAAGAAGUAUGAGUUCUUGGAAUCAAUAAGUGCAGUGAUGGAUGCCCAUUUGAGAUAUUUCAAGCAGGGAUAUGAACUACUGAGUCAAAUGGAACCAUUCAUUCACCAGGUUCUAACAUAUGCACAGCAAUCAAAAGAAAUGGCUAUCAAUGAACAAGAUAAACUUGCAAAGAGAAUUCAAGAAUAUAGGACUCAAGAGGAAAUUGCGAACUUGAGAAUGGCUAGUAAUGUGGACACAUCUACCAGUGGUGAUGGUAUCCAUGUUGUUGGUCUUCAAUCCUAUAAAAAGAUUGAAGCCCUAAUGCAGUCAACUGCCAAUGGCGAGGUUCAAAUAAUCAAACAAGGUUAUCUCUUUAAGCGUUCUGAAAAUUCACGAGAAUGGAAGAGAAGGUUCUUUGUUCUCGACAGUCACGGGACUCUUUUCUACUACGGGAAUAAAGGACAAUCGCAAGGAGCGGCAUCACAGCAAACAGCUGGUGAAGGGACUGGUGUUUUUAGUCGUUUCAGAUUCUUGAACCAAAAGGCUCCAACUCAGGGUGACAAUGCACUUUCGUGCCACAAAAUUGAUCUAAGAACUUCAACAAUUAAGAUUGAUGCAGAAGAAAAUGACCUAAGAUUUUGCUUCAGAGUAAUCUCUCCCAUGAAAGCAUACACUUUACAGGCAGAAUCUGGUGCUGACCAAAAGGAUUGGAUUGAGAAAGUUACUGGAGUUAUUGCAUCACUGCUUAAUUUACCAUUCCCAAGACAGGUGUCGUAUGGAAAUCUAGAGGCGGAACAUCAUGGUUCUGCAAAUUCUGUUGAUUCUCUCUCUCUUGAGGAGAACAAAAGUCCAGAGGGACAUGAUGAUAUAUUCAAUCAUCUCAGGAAUAUUCCUGGAAAUGACAGUUGUGCAGAAUGUCGUUCACCGGAUCCUGAUUGGGCAUCUCUAAAUUUAGGAAUUCUUAUUUGUAUAGAGUGUUCUGGGGCUCACAGGAAUCUUGGAGUCCAUAUUUCGAAGGUUCGAUCCUUGCGAUUAGAUGUCAAGGUAUGGGAGCCAGUGAUAAUGGACUUGUUCCAUGAACUUGGAAAUGACUACACUAAUUCCAUUUGGGAAGCUAUGCUUCCGAAAGAAGAUCAAGGAAUAAACGAGUUUAAUGAUGCUAUUCUUUUCAUUGAAAAGCCUAAACCUACUGAUGCUUUUUCAAUAAAGGAAAGGUACAUACAGACAAAGUAUGUCGACAAGCUUCUUAUUGCCAAAGAUACCAAUCAAAUUACCAUUGAUAUAUUGGAGGCUGUAAGGACGAAUGAUGUGAGGGCAGCAUAUCGCAUUCUUGUGUUGGCUGAUGUGAGCCCUAACAUGAUAUAUGAUGAGUUAAACAAUGAUGUUCAUCAUGAUCCUUCAGUAACAGAUGGGAAGUUAUUUGAUCCAGCAUCUUGUGAUGUAAAGGAUGAUUCUGGGAAACCAGAAGGUUGUCUACAAGGCUGUUCCCUGUUGCACAUUGCUUGCCAAUAUGGCCAUUCUAUAAUGGCAGAGCUUCUGCUUCUUUUUGGUGCGGAUAUUAAUAAGCAAGACUUCCAUGGACGGACACCGUUGCACCAUUGUGUCCGAAGGAAAAAUGAUGCACUUACCAAGCAUCUGCUAAAGAGGGGUGCAAGAACAACCAUUAAAGAUGGUGGAGGGUUGACUGCUUUAGAGAGAAGAAUGGAACUUGGAGCAAUAACUGAUGAAGAUUUGUUCAUUUUAUUUGUAAGGUGAAAUGUCAAGAACACAGGUUUGUAGUAAGCAAAUGUCUGUAUCUGAUAGAGUUGUACCAGUUUUUUUAGUUUAUAUAGAAUGAAUACAUUUGUAUCUUAUUACGGUGAGAUAAAAUCUCUGACGGUCUGACCUUUGCGCUUCUGUCGUGUACUCGUGUGAUCUUGCCAGUCUUCUCAGAUCACUCUUUGUACAACAGUUGUAGCAUAGCAUAUAGCAUACAUCAAUCAUUCAUAUACCAAAGUUUGUAUCAUUUCCUCCAUCAUCAAACAUGUAAUAACACGUUCGAGCAAUAUACCCGCAUGCCAUUAUCGUGCGAUUUUGAAAUCCACUUACUAAUUGCUGCCA